UCGCCGGGGCGGCCAGACAAAAGCAGUUUCCACAGUGAAUGACGAGCAUGCGCAAAAAAUCGUUACAUGUGUCAGCAUCGCAAUUAGUUUAUGAGGGAGUUACGGCCCUUACGGGUGGUCUAUCUAGAUCUUCCGGUGACACGCUUUUUCGACAAGGAGCACAUACCUGGAAUCUGGAACCUAGGUUUGAAUCCAAUCAGUUCUCAGCUAAUCAAGAACGCAGACUUCAAUCGGUUGUUCAGAGCAAUCAGCGUUGACGUGCUGAGGCGCUUUUAAAGCCCCAAUAGCCCAAAUUUAUCCGGAAACCCAU